CGGAUCUGAAACCCAAGAGCAAGCUGCAUUUGUACCAAAAGCUCGAGAUGGAAGCAUACCUGUUCUUUUUUCUGCUGACUUGCACAAAUAUGCAAGUUGCUUCUGCUGAUACAUCUUUGUCGAAUUUAAAAUCGGCUGACACACUGACUGUGCGACAGAAAGAGAACAUCACACUGCAGUGUGACAUCACUGGCCAUGAGGAUGUGGCCUGGUAUCUUCUGAGUUCGGACAGGUUUACACUUCUGAUCUCAGCACGGAAAACUCGCACGCGUAAAGGCCUCCCAGUUUAUUAUAACAAAGACGAGAGUCGCUUUGCCCUGAAGCCAGACAGCGAGAUUAACACGGCUAUCUUCACCAUCUUCAGUCUAACGGAGGACGAUGAGGGACUUUAUUUCUGUGGAACUGCAGCCAAGCCAACACAGCUGCAUUUCGGCAACGGCAUCAGACUGCAGUUUGAAGACAAAAGCAAAGACACACAGGAAACUUUCUCUACACAGAAACCACAUGAAGAAGAAGUGGAGAAUAGUGGAGCUGUGAGUGUGUGUGAGAGAGUGGUAAUGUUUGGUGGUGUGGGCGUGGUCACCUUGCUCUUAAUCCUGACUACUGUAGUUGCAUGCAGCGUGAUCAAACAUGGACAACGUCAGUCAUGAGAUAAAUUGUGCUGAUGCAAGUUAUUGAGCUUUAAAAAAAGUUUUUACAAAUAAUUUACAAAAGUAUUACAAAAUAAAGUGUUUGCACAAGUUGUGAUUUUUCUUGUAUUUAAUUCUGUAAUGCACUUUGAUGUUUUCUCCUUUUUAUUGUUCUGUAAUGUCCCUCUAGAGGUAUCUGUCUCUUCACUACUGUUAGAUUCAACCGCAACUCGAACUCCAUUUCCCAGCAUACACAGCGGCCUACAAACACGGCCGCCCCGACACAACUUCCCACAACACACACACACUCCUACGCUCUCAGUCACUGCACUUUUAAUGACACACACACACACACACACACACACACACACACACACACAUUCUCAUUCACACACCAAUCAUUGUGCACUAUAUAAACCUCUUCUUGUUUCAGCCUCACUGUGAAGUAAUCACUCAGUUUCUCUUGUGUUUUGUCAUUAUCAAGCCGCUGUUAUUGGUCUUUGUGUCCUGGUUUUGAUCUUUGCCGAUGUUUUUGAUUGGUCACUGCUUUGCCUCUGUUACUCUGUUUGCUCGACCCUGCUUCCUCGAUGUGCUUUUUUUUUGUUUUUUAUUUUUAAUAAAUUUGCAAAGAUUUCAAACAAA